AAACUCCAGUACCAAAUGAAACACCAAAACUUAACAGGAAGAAAAGAAUUAGGAGAAUUUUGUGACCAGUUUGCUUAUGAACCUGGAAUCAAAUAUCCUAACAAAACCAGGAAGAUAUCCCAUCGAAAAUCCACUAAACCUUACAGAAAGAAGUCUUAUCACAAGACUAGCCAUCCGAAACCUACCAAGAAGUUUUAUCCGAAGAAAUCUACCAGUAAACCCAAAGGUAAAUCUAAAUCAGAAGUUAAGUGCUAUAAAUGUGGCCAAACAGGACAUUAUGCUAAUAGGUGUAGAUCCAAAGCUAAAUCUAAGGUUAAUGAAUUAAACCUUGAUCCAGACAUUAAAAACCAGUUAAUCCAAGCCCUAGAAGCUGAAGAAAUUUCAACAGAAGAUGAAAUUCCUUCUGAUGAUGAGCUUAACCAGUUAUACUCUUCCUCCUCCGAUGAAGAUGAUCCAGAAGAACCAUGUCCCUG